GUAUUUAUCAUCCGUAAACCCGUUGCAGAGCGUACCGUUUCGUGUUGGUGGCGUUGAUUUUCGUGAAACAAACAAUGCGCAACAGUAUUCCCGUGCCGUACAAUCCAUUUCCCAAAACGUGACCCCAGGCGUGGAAGACAAAGCGCACCGUCAGCACUUGGACGCGACGCGUGCAAACGGACCGUAUCGUACGCCAACGCCAACAACAGUGAACCCAGUGUCUGGUUGGUCGUCACAACCAAUUGGUGGCAAAUGGUGGGCCAAUCAUUGCAGGCUACGGUUUCUAUUGGUAAUACUUCUGCAUCUCGAUUGGCGCAGACCGGGAAGCGUGUGACCGCAGGUGAGGUGAUCAGGUGUGUGUGUAUGUGUGUGUUUGUGUACGUACGGUUUUUGUUUCGAUCGUUGUGCAAGCCCGUAAGCAAAUGCCUGCUAGCUGGAAGCUGGAUUGUUUUUAGUGAAAUUGUGAUGAUGCGGUGAGGCUUUGCAAAGUAUCGCAACCAUGCACAGUAGCUGAAUCCAAGCCCGUCGGCGGAAAAACCACUGUACAGCAACAACAACAACAACAGCAACGUAAAGCUGCCCGGGAAAAGAAAAGAAAAAUUCUCUCAAAUUCGCGCGCUAUUUACGCGCGCCGUUGCCGCUGCAAAGGGAAGGUAGUGCGAUAUGCUUGAUAUAAACAAACAUUGGUGUUUGAUAAGACGCCUUCCGUGAAGGAAGCAACCGAACGCCAUCAAACGGCGUUGCCAAUUAAACAAAUCCAAUCGCAAACGGUGCCGAAGGCUUCCUCACCCACGGCGGCCUGCUGCUGCUGUUGGCGGGUCGAGAGUUUCCGCGAAUCCUGUCCGGUAUUCGCGCGCACACCGAUAAGUGAGGACGUUUCCCAUUCGCCGAACUCGCGCCCCAUAGAAUAGCGAUUGGAUAAUAAUAGUAGCGAAUCCGAGCAAUCCGACGUUUGCGUGCUGCCUGUGUCUGUGUGUGUGUGCGUGAACGACGGGCGUGUGUUUGUUUGGGGUUCGACGAAGAUUCUACACGGCACGAUAGUUUAGGCAAACCUAGAACACACAACGCACAAGGGAAAACCUCGCACCAACCAUUGCAUUUUCUUACCGCCCCUGUCCUCUAUGCAUACCCCGCAGCUACACGCAACCGACAACAUAUCGCGCGAAUUGCUGGAUCGCCGCAUCGCCCUAUCACACGAGAGGGGCUAGUGUGACGAAUUUUCCUUCCUUCCUUCCUUCCUCUGCGCUACCUCUUGUAUCUUCUUCGCGGACCCGGACCACCACCACCAACCACGAUACUGGGCCACCGAUUCGUACCGCGUGCCUUUGCCUAGGCAAUGGAUACGCCAAAGAAGCCGAAGGUGGUUGUCGCUUCGGCCACCGGUACGGCCCCACUCGCGGUGGUUGCCACCCUCACCACCACCACCACCAUCACCCCCACCACCACCAUCACUCCCACCACCCCCACCAGCACGAUCACAUCCACAUCCAGCUCCGAAUCGUCCAGCGGGAAGGAAAAGCUGACCGAAUCCCAGCGCAACAUACACCGGUUUUGGCCGGACGUGCUGCGGGAGGUGCAGCUCAUAGACAACGUCGAGCCCGGCAACCAGCUGCUACCGCUCGCGCGCAUCAAAAAGAUCAUGAAGCUGGACGAGGACGUGAAGAUGAUCUCCUCCGAUGCGCCGCUGCUGUUCGCGAAAGCGAUCGAAAUCUUUAUCCAGGAGCUAACGUUACGGGCCUGGCUGCAGACCGAGCUGAACAAGCGGCGCACGUUGCAGCGCAGCGAUAUUGCGAUGGCCAUCACCAAGUACGAUCAGUUCGACUUUCUGAUCGACAUUGUGCCGCGGGACGAGAUGAAGGUGUACAAGAAGGAGUACGAGGAGCAACCGUUGGAGGGUGGUAGCAUCACGCGAAUAACGGCGACCGCCGUCACCGACAACGGGGCGGCGGGCAACAGCAGCAGUACGAACGGGUCCGAGGACAUGCAGUACUUCUUUCAGCUGGCCCAGCAACAGCAGAAGGUAACGGUGCAGACCAAGGGUGGCAGUAUCGGGACGCUCGCGAACGGUGGCGGUACGGUGUUCGAUCUGGCGACGGUCAUCGGUACGGCCGGCAAUCAGCAGCCGGUGCUGCAAACGACGUCGGCGACGACGACCGCAACGGUGCCGGCCACCACACAGCAGGAGAAGGAGACUGUGUCCACCGGCGGCGAGUCGCAGGCUAGUGGUGGAGGUACAUCCGGGACGACGCUUAACCAGCAGCAACAGCAGCAACAAAGUCCAUCCUCGCAGACCACGAUACAGACCGGAACCGGUCAGAGUAUAAUCCUCGCAAAUGGUGGUACUGGUACAGCGGCUGGCAGCGUCGCAAAUGGAGGCACGUCCACCACGAACCAGCUCGUUUCCGCCAAUCAAUCCCUGCAACUGCUGCAACACGUAAUGACACCGACGGGUGAAAUAACGCAGAUACCGCUAAAUUUUAUACGAACGGCCGGAACCGGUGGUGCAACAAACGCUGGGCAACCCAUCUUCAUACAGACGACUCCCAUGCAGGCUGGUCCAACGAUAAUACACACGGGACCAACCGGGGUUUUCCUUAGCACCAAUCAACUUCAGCAGUUGCAGCAACAGCAGCAGCAGCAGCAGUCGCAACAGCCGCAGCAGUCGCAACAGCAGCAGUCGCAACAGCAACAGCAGCAGUCGCAACAGCAACAGUCGCAACAGCAGCAGCAGCAACAAAAUAAUCAUCAAUCACAACUACUUAACAACCAUCAACAACACCAAAGGGAUUAAGCAAAAUUGAACCAGCAUUAGGUAAUAAGGGACCGUGGCUGCAAGCGCUUUUCCGAGUCUUGUAAAAAAAAACAGACUCACACACAUGCUUUUGCACCGAUUCGGAAAAGGUUCGGCACUGCUGCAGCUGCGGUCCGCAAGUAUCGCACGUUAGCCGCAACAGGUUCGCUCUAGGUUAGGUCACGGUUAGCAAUGCAGAGCGUUGGGAUCAAAUCUCAACGCUGCCUCUCCUUUAACGCUGUCGGAAGCUGAUAUUUAAGCUGCCUAAAAAAGAGUAAAAAAAAAAUUACUCAAAAGAAGCUGGGCCCGCACGCUCGGGCCGACAUGAAAAGGUGAAAGUUUACAGUAGACAAUUUUUUUUUUUUUUAUUUGUUAUCGGUUAGUUUUUUUUUUGUGUCGUAGUAAGGAGCUGCACUAGUAAUUUAAUUUAACUUUGUCGAAUAGCUUGUCAUUCAAGCAGUGGACUGGUCGCUGUAUAGGCAAAGGGUUGAAACCGAUUACCAGCUUUUUGUUUGCUUUUCGUAACGGAAUCGAUAAAAAGGUAUUUUUAACAAAGAUAGGAUAUAGAUAGGGUUUUAGCGACAAAUAAUGCAUCGAUAUGUUUUUGUUGCUGUGGUAACAAAUUGUCCGGUACGAUUGCCUCACGGUAUAUGAAUGUGGCAGCAGGGUUUGCUUUUCCAACGCUCGCCAAAACAGAAUGUGUACGUAACUCGUGUUAUUAGUCGUAAGUUUUAAUGGAUGCUUUAGCUCAUCGAACAGUGUUUGCCCGGAGCAGACACAACACAGAUGUUCACAUGUUGAUAGCCACGAGGCGACUUCGAACAAGCUGGAGAAUGUUGCUUCUCUGGUUUUUGGUAUGGUGAAAAAUAAUGCUUGCGUUCGGAACGGAAACAGUUUCUGUUCGGAAAGAUAACUAUUUUAAAGAGGAAAUCUAAAAAGUCUUCUCCUUUUUCCCUACUCGAAGAGGGUUGGCUUGAUGAUGCCUGGUAGCUCAAUACUCCACCCAAGACACGAACUAAACUGAACCCUACCGGAACUCAAAGUCUUUAUUGAGUAACCAGCCAGUCGUUCGUUCCUGCAGCUUGCCUCGAUUGCGCUACACAUGUGGACGUUUAUAUCCCAAUAACAAAGAAACCUAUUGGUUAUGCUAAAGCGUAGCGUAGGUGUAGAUGGAAGAUGGAAGGUAGCAACAAUCAUCUCGUCUUUACAAGUUUCAUUCCGUACUAAGUAAGAUAUUCUGAGAAGGUAGAAAGAAAAAAGUGUUAUCCAUAGGAAUGCCAAAAAUUAGAAGAGACCGUGGCGUGCUGAACGCGCGUUAAGGUAUUGAGGCACACAGCGCUUUUGUUUUUUUCGUUUGCUAUUCUUAUAGGUAGGUAUGGUUUACUCGAAAACGUAAAGAAAUGAUAAUUGGUUUCACUUUUACACGAGAAUGCUCAGCAGCGAAUGAAGGCGUAGGCGAGAUGUGAAAAGUUGCAAAUGUAAAAAAAAACAAACAAACAAACGGUUCAUAUGUAAACAUGUAGAACGAUAAUGACUGUACAAAGCGAGAACGAGCCAGCUCUAUAUACUACUUGCUAAAGAUGUAAUAAAAGAGCGUAGUAGAACUUGAUGGAGAUA